AUGAUUGAGACCCGGCAUAUUCAAGAGCACGAUGCGAACUCGACAGUCAAGCAUUAUUGGGCCUAUCCGGAUCGGAUUCUUCCAUGCACGAAAGAUGCUGGCACUUGUGCGUAUCUGGACUCGGUCUAUCACUCGCACGAAAUAUCUAUGCUCUAUACCUUCAUUCUAUGGGCAGUUCUAGGCGGAGUCCUGGUGUUUAUGCUGUCGUUACGCUAUGGAAAGAGCGUAGCCCGAUCAUCUGAUAUCAAGACGCCACUUCGGCGUGGAUUGGACUCUCUCGGAUCAUUAGGGAGGCGUUGGAUGCUUUCUGAGGCUCCAGGGAGACGGAUUCUUGGAAGGGUCACUCUGUUACAGGUUACAGUGCUCUCGGCACUUCUAGGCUAUCUUCUGAUCUUCUCGCUCGUUGGCGUCACUUACAAGACCUGGAUCGUUCCUACCAAGAAUCACCCUGGUUUGAAGACAAUCAGGACAGGCUUUGGAGGAUGGGGCGAUCGUGUUGGCGCACUGGCAUAUGCUUUGACGCCCCUCACAAUUGCACUCUGCUCUCGUGAGAGUGUCUUGUCCCUCAUAACUGGUAUCCCAUACCAACAUUUCAAUUUCCUACACCGAUGGACUGGCCGAGUGAUUUUCGUUCAGUCUUUCUUGCAUACUCUGGUCUGGACACUGGUGGAAGGACGAUUCUACCAACCACAGCCGGAGACUUAUACCACAUUCAUCAAGCAAAAGUAUAUCGUUUGGGGCAUUGUCGCUCAAAUCAUGAUCACGUUCUUAUACGUCUUCAGCACCAGUUGGGCUAUCCGAUUGACUGGCUACGAGUUCUUCAAGAAGACCCACGCCUUGAUCGGCAUACUCUACCUUGGUGCAUGCUGGGCGCACUGGGAUAAGCUCGCAUGUUGGAUGAUUGCUUCGUUGAUCAUCGUUCUUGCCGACUUUGGCGUCAGAUUCCUUCGAACUGCGCUGCUUCACGUCGGCUACCGCAAAGGCAAGCCUGGUCUUGGCUUUCACAACGCGAUCGCUACGGUACAACACUAUGGCGAUGACGAAGAUUCGGUGGUGCGUGUCGAUUUUGACUUCAAGCAUUCGGCUUGGAAGCCUGGUCAGCACUUUUACCUCUGUUUCCCUGCUCUGAACAUCUGGCAGUCGCAUCCCUUCACACCUUCGUCCCUUCCUAUUGGUCGCAGCGAUAUUCAGCAUCACACCUACUUGAUCCGUGAACGCUCUGGUAUUACUGCCAAGCUUGCCCAACUAGCAAAGGCCACUGGUGGAGAUUCUUGCACCACAUCUGUCAUACUUACUGGACCAUAUGGUGGUUCGCCUUCUGAGGAAGCAGCUGCUUCUAAUCUUUUGGCAAUCGCCGGUGGUACUGGUGUCACUUCUGUGCUUCCGACUGUUCAAGAUAUUUUCACGGUUGCUCAAACCGGCACGCGUGCUGUCGAUUUUGUCUGGAUCGUUCGCAAAAUCCAGGAUCUUUCUUGGAUAACUCCAGAGUUGACUGAGCUGAAGUCAUGGAUGUCAACUGGCAAAGCCGAUGGGUUACGUCUGCGAAUCUUUGUUACUCGUGAGACAGCACCACCAGAGUCAUCCACCUCGUCAACUUCUUCGGUUUCUGGAAAGGGUGAGGGAUGCUGUAGCAAGCGUGCUAAUGGCGAAAAGAAUGGUGUAGUCGUCACCUCAUCGAGCGACUUGACGGCUGCUCAGAACAACUUCUCUAUCACGUAUCUCGGCGGCCGUCAUCCCUCGAUCAAAGAUAUCGUGAGUGACUUCAGCGAAAGAACAAAUAUCUGUGGCGGUAGGAGUCAAGUCAUCGGAGCUGGACCUACGGAGAUCGGUACUGUUCUACGCUCUGCCGUCGCGAACGAGAAUCAUACCAGUAAGGUGUGGCAAGGCGAUGAGAGUGGUAUCAUGGCUCUCGAGUGGGACUGUCGAUCUUGA